UCACAGGAUGUCUCCUAAAGUGCCGUGCGCCCCCAAUCACCUGCGCACAUCCAGAGACGCAGUGACGCUCAACAGGUGUCUUCAGACUGUUCGCAGCCCCGUUAAAGAAGCUGGUGACACCUCAGAAGACUCCAGUGAAAGCCUGACGCGAAAACCACUGACUGUUACCGGAGAUGAAGCUUCCUCAAUGACAAAUCUAAAACACAAAAGCAGAUGUGAGCAGUCUGGACAGCGGGGCAGGCGCAGAAUGAAGGCCAACGACAGAGAGCGCUCCCGGAUGCACAACCUCAACUCGGCUCUGGACGCGCUGAGAAGCAUCCUGCCGGCACUGCCCGAGGACGCCAAGCUGACCAAGAUCGAAACUCUGCGCUUCGCCCACAACUACAUCUGGGCUCUGACCGAGACACUGCGCAUGGCCGACCAACACGGACACACGCCGCAAUACCUGCCGGUGGCACCUGAUCCGAGCAGCCCGACCAGUGUUUCAUCUGCAGAGUCCGGUUAUGUGACUUCAGCUGACUUUGACCCAAGAGACUGUUACACUUCCACUCAUCAAACCAAGUAUACGAUUUCAUCAAGAGAUCAAUCCAGUGUUAUCCCUGUUACCUUUUAUUUGAAGUCAUUCUGUGGUGAAACGUAUGUCAAAAACAGUUGGCACUGUUGACUUGUCAUAAUCACGACCAUGUUUUCAUGAGGAACUCUGAAUGGCUGACCACAUGAAACAGAACAGUGCUGCUGCACUGCUCUCU